AUCGGAAAUCAUUGCUGACAAAAACAUUAGUGAUGGAUGUCUAUCAGGAUUAUAUACUAGUCACUUAUCACCCUUUUGAUGUCCAUGUCCACAUAUUCCAUGUGAAAUUAUUCAGUGAAUUGAUGCCUUCAAGUACUCCAGACCUACAGAGCCAUCCUGCAGCAAUGCAUUUUAUUCCUGAUCAAAUACCAAGUGAGGUUGUCCUAGAAAAUCAUGUUUCAUCCUCAGAAUUAUGUUUGAUAUUGAGAACAACAGGAGAGGUUUCACUUCUUGAUUUGGAUGAUGGAAGAGAGAGGGAGCUUACAGAUUCUGUGGAGUUAUUUUGGGUAACUUGUGGUCAAUCAGAGGAGAAAACAAAUCUAAUUGAUGAAGUCUUUUGGUUGGAUUAUGACCAUCGAGGAAUGCAGGUGUUGAUCCAUUUAAGUGGGAGGAUUUUCUGCAGCAUCCACAGAGUUUCCAUGAUGUCAUUUUCAGCAUCCACAGAGUUUCCAUGUUUUGAUCAGCCAACUCCUCAAGCUCAAACUAUAUUGCAUUGCCUACUUAAACGCCUCCUUCAGGCCUGUGGGUUUCAUCUGGAUGAGAGACUCAUUCUGCUUGUGGAGAUCCUUUCUGAUUGUGUUUCUGGUUCUCUAUCUGGCGGAGGGACAAAAGUGUGGAGGCUUUAUUUGGCACAAUUAUCAGCAGAAAAGCCUCACUUUUCACAUUGCAUGGAGUGGCUUCUUUUCACUCUAUUUGAUGCUGAAAUUUCAAGACAAAGUAUAAACAAGAACCAGAGUUCAGUACCUAAUCACGCUGCCAAUGUGUCUCUUUUGGAAAAGACCUGUGAUCUGAUCAGAAAUUUCCCUGAGUAUCUAGAUGUUGUUGUAAGUGUUGCAAGAAAAACUGAUGGCAGACACUGGGUGCAUUUGUUCUCUGCUGCUGGAAGAUCAACAGGGGUAGAUUUGCCCUUCCUUAUUCUUCCAAGCCUAGGCUGUAAUAUUGGAAACAUUGUGUACCAAUUGCAUAAUGUUUGUUGUUUGGGGACUGCUUUCAAAGGAGAUGGUACCGCACUGCAGCUUGUUAUAUUCUUUAAACCUUGCAUUUAUAUGGUUAUGAAUAUCUACAAAGAAUUGGUAAUUGCCAAACUUGAAGGUCCUGCUGUCAGUCAGUAUUGUGCUUUACGUUUAUUGCAGGCAACCCUUGAUGAAUCUUUAUAUGAACUUGACGGAGAGCUGGUGAGGUUCUUAAUGGGAUCUGGAAGAGAAUACGAACAAGCAUCUCCUGAUUCGGACAAACAAUCUCCUAGGUUUCUGGGACACUCAGAAUUUGCUUCAGGGCUUGAACAGAUAGGGCAAAAGCUUCAAAUGGGUACACUACAGAGCUGGCUUGAUGCAGAAUUCCUCUUGGCUCACAUGUGUUUUGUCAAGUUCAAGGAGUGGAUAGUUGUCCUGGCCACUCUUUUGAGACGUUCUGAGGUUUUUCUUGAUCUUUUUCGGCACAAUGUACGGUUAUGGAAAGCAUAUAGCAUGACCUUACAGUCACAUCCAUCAUUUACCGAAUACCAUGAUUUGCUUGACGUCUUGGAAAGGAGACUUUCUUCUGUUGCUAGUCCAGAAGAUCAAUGAAAGAGAAGAUAAAGAGAGAUCAAACUUUCGGAGCAGUGAGAGGCAUAUAUAUUUCAGAGGUACUCAUCUGACAGUCUUUUUCACAUUUUGUAUGAUGCGUUUUCAGCUGUGCAAAUUACCGAAAUAUUAAUAAACCAAUUUGUUCAAA